AUGUCAAAGUUACCUGCACCGCUACAAUCAAACCUGACCACACGGCUGUCAAUGCGAUGGGCAUCAGAAACACCCUUCGAAACUACCGACACACUGGUGAUAACGGUGGACGAAUGGUACGUUGAUCUGAGGGUCGAUAAACAAAGCGGCAAAGUCGAUUGGGCGCUCGCCGGAGAAUGUAUUGAGGAAGGCAAAGAUCCACGGCGCGUGGUGUUCACGCAUGAGAUUGACUCGCACCACAAUUUCAACGUGAGCAAUCCAUGCCCAUUCAUCCCGCUCCCCGAUGGAAAUGUUCUGGAGACUGGGACUAUGGCUCGACCAGAUGUACCCGGAGCACCGAUGACAGAUUAUGAAGAAGUGUGGAGGUAUCUUCCGAUUCGCGAAUGUGCGGAAGGGUCAGGGCGUGGCCUUUCGUGGAUCUUGGAGUCUGACGAGGGCGUUCUGGAAGCGGGUCAGCACCAAGUGACCAAGAUGUUUCUAGCGCAAAUCGGGGGCUCAUAUUUGGUUCUUCAUCAGAAGCAAACCCAUGUGGUUAGGCAAACAGCCCUUGGAGAACGGGCUGUGGAAAUUUCCGGGGAGGAGGUCAGCGCACGAAGAGAAGAGUGGACGGAUGAUCACUGGGAGACAAAAUAUGCGUUGGGACCAGACUGUGAUGGUUUGCCUUCAAUGACUAAUGGAUUUGAUGUUGAGAUGAGAGGGCGUAAGAGUGGCGAGAAGGUCACCGUUGGAGGUUGCGACUUCAUUGUGCGGGCACAUGUGGAAGGCCCAAGGAAAAAUAGAUAUUCUCGUCUCUAG